AUGAAUAAUAUGGAUCAUGUAAAAAAUUUUUAUCCUGAAAAUUAUAAACUGGAUCUGUCGGAAACAAUGAAGGCAGCGCUAUCAAAAGGGCCUGGUGGUGUGGGUCUUGGCGGUGGGGGCGGUGGAUCAGGCAGCGCUGGUAGUAGUGGUGGUGGACAUGGAAUGGGUGCGGCAGUAUCUCAUAAUGAAAUACAGACUGGCGGAAGUACCGGUAUUCCUGGUGUUGGAUACGUAACCGAAAAAUUAUAUAUGCUAUUGCAGCUCUACUUGCAAAACAAAGGAUGGAACCCAAGUGCUGAAUUAUUGCAAUGUUUUACGGAUCUCAAAGAUAAUGCCAUGUUACCUAGCGCUGCCUAUUUGCAAGUACUGGCUAAUCGUUUAACUUUGGACGCUCAAGGGCGUUUAAUAUUGCGAGAAAAUGGCAAAAUUGUGCUUCCAUUCGAACAUUUCGCCAACGCUGUGAUGCUAAAACACAUGUCUGGUCCACAUGGACUGCAUUUAAGUGUUGAGGCUACUGUGCGUGCAGUGAUUGAAUCUUACACAAUCGGUCGUGAAAAUUUUGGCAUGGAAAAGGAAUUCAUAAUAGAGGUUGUUCAGUCUUGUCCUAGUCCAGCUUGCCGUUAUUAUAAAAAUCAUCUUGGUAUGUCACCGUUGCCAUUUAUGGAUCAACAAUUCCCAGGCGUAAAUCAUGCCGAUUUCCUACAACAUUUGCCACACCUACCCCCACCACCGCCUCACCCCAUGGUUCCUGGAUCCACAAACAGCGGUGUCUCUUCUGCGGGGUCCUCAUCCUCAGCUGGAGGCAAUAGUAAUAUUAGUGGUUCAUCUGGUGGUUCUGUUAGUGCUGGCGGAGAAGUCGACUUAACAAAAAGCGCCACAACAUCACACUCAACUGGAAAGGUGCCGGUCCCCACUCAACUUCAAAUGCUUACAAAGCAACAACAAAACAGUAUACAAUCACAAUUGUCGCAGCUUAGUGCAGCUGCUGCAGCGGCAGCCCACCAUCAGCAGCAACAACAAGCCGCUGCUGCUGCAGCUGCUGCUGCCGCCGCAAAACAACAACAACAGGCACAAGCGGCGGCUGUUGCUCAACAACAACAACAGCAGCAACUGACAGCGGCACUUUUACAGCAACAACAAAGUCGUGCAUUGGCUCAGCAAAGCUUGGAAAAAUUCAAUAACUUGAGUGCUUUGGAGAAACAACGUGUGCUACAACAAUUAGAUCCAAAACAUUUCGAUCCAAUGGCUGUGGCUGCAGCAGCUGCCAAUUUACAAAUGCAGGGCAUUAGUGAUUUUAGGGUAGCCGCUAUCGCUGCUGCAGCCGCACAGGCAGCUGGAGCGUCUCCUAUGUUGCCAUCAUCUUCAACUGCUGCAUGUAGUGCACCGAUAAGCGGUAGUAGUACUCUUAACAGCAGUAAUAGCAGUUUGACCGGAAGUGGUAAUAACAGUAAUAGUACUACUGGCAUUGGAAAUUGUGGCGGUAAUUUAAGUGGAGCCUCCGUUUUGCCAUCAACGGUUGGUAGCAUGAACAACAGUGGAAGCAGCAAUAGCAGCGCAAGUAGUGCGGGACACAUUCCUGUUAAUAACACAAGUAACAACAACAUCAUCGGUGUAAGUGGUAGUGUCAACAAUUCUCACCAUAGUCAUCAAUUGCCGCCUCCUUCACAAUCGCCUAGUGCGCACUCCAGUCAUUCUUCGUCAUCAUCUUCAUCGCACUCCGCUGAACAAAUUGUUCAGAAAAAUGUAGAACUUUUGCGAUCUAAUUUGGAAUCUAUUGAAUCGAAUAAAGACUUGCUGGCAUUGCAUAAUGGCGCGUGGACUGUACCGGAUAAUAAUCGCGAACCUUUACCAGUGGGCCAAGAUAAAAUAGUGCGCAUUUUCACUGAGCUAAUGAGAAAUAUGGCGCGCAUGAAAACCUAUAUACGUCCGUCUAUGUGUAAACCAUAUGGCAAACAGAGCGAGAGCUUACAGAAAACACUUUUGGAUACAAUACAGAUUGUACAAACCUUGCGUAAUUGCUUGCCAGCACCCCACAUCCCGGUGUCCUCGUGGAAAAGUGAAAGUGAAGGUAACACUGGUUUAAUUACUGCGAAUAAUGGUUCGGGAGGUAGUACGAGUAACAGCAUAAUGGGUGGAGUAGGCGCUGGUUUAAUGGUGACUAAUAGAGUGGAAAAUUUGACCAACUGAAUCAAUUGCACAUUUUUAUGUACAGAUUUCUCUCCCAAUCUUCGAAAAGAGUUACUCCUAGAAGUUCUGUGUUUUUUUUUUUCUCUGCGCUGGAAAAUAUUAUUUUACAAAUUUGUAAAUCAUGAAACUUGUUCCUUUCUUCACCCAACAAUAUCUCAUCGAGUUAUACACAAGUUCGUUUUUAAAUUGUUUUAACAAUACUAAUUAAAACUCGCAAGCCAAGAACAAGACUGAAACAUUAAGAGACUUGGUACUAAUAGAAAAUGGAAUAUGGUUGGUGUAAAGAAUGUUUUAUUAGUAUUAACCCUGUUUGAUAUCAUAUCUCAACUCAAGCUUGAUAGAAGCGUUUAAAAGUUUUAAAUUAGAGGGCAUUUAAAAAUCGUUCUACUUAAAAAGUACGAUAUCAAUUCACAGUAGUUUUAGCAAAAAAAAAAAAAGAUUAAAUAAAUAAAAAUAAUACCUAAAAGUGUAUGCAUAUUUAGAUGUUAGAUUAAGUGCACAAUUGAUUUAGCUAAAGCUGUCUUUAUUUGCAUAAGAUAAAACUUAAUUCUAUAAAAAUGAAAAUUAUGCACUCUUUUGAAGAUAUCUGGUUUAGAACGGAAUUCAAUACUUAUACAUUUUGCUUUUAACAAAGAGUACUAAUCACGUUUUAAAUUUGAGAAUCAAGUAAUUAGAUAUUGGCAAUGACUUUCUAAACUUAGCUAUUGUGCCAAUGAGCUGUAGUGUCAAACGCAUAUAAUAUUUUAAACAAAAAAUGCGCCAGGGUUUUUAAAACCAUAAAAUAGGCACACGUGCAAUUCCAAUAUAAAUGUUGAGAAAAGUAGAUUAAAUCGAAAUACAUACAUACAUAAUAAUAUAUAUAAUUACAUAUAAACAUAUGUAUAUACGUAUGUCGAGAGUAUAUGUUCAGCAAUUCACUUCCACAUAGUAUAAACGGCUUGCAAUAAUUAAUCAAAAUGAAAUUACGUAAUGGCGCUAAGUAGUGCACAAUGUUAAUUAAACUUAUUAUGAAGAGUUGUGAAAUAAACUUUUUCAGUUUUUUCAUGCAUUAUAUUUGUAAGUGCCAUGUUUUAAAUUCAAAACCGACUGAGCUUGUCUAAGUAUUUAUUAUGUAUGGGUGUUCUAAAAAAAUAUGUUAAGUGUCCCUGUUCCUUUUUAUUGUUUUAAUUAACGUAACAUUUCACUAGCUUAUUACAUUCAAAUGCCAGUACGGAUCAUGUUUUGUUUUCUUAUAAAUUCAGUGGUAAGUAAAUAAGACAAUUUUGGCGAAAACUGUGAUACAUGAAAUUCUAUAUUUUAUAUUUUUUCUUAUUACCAACAUAUAUAUACAUGUUUUUACUCAUAACAUAAACAAAUUUUGUUAUACAAUAACAUUACUUUUAGAAAUAUCUUUUACAAAGUGCAUUAAAAAUGUUUAUUUUAUUAACUAACAAGUGUCACAAAUUCAU